AUGCAGUACAGCACCAUGACCACGCCAAGCUUGCAGUUCCUUUCCCAGCAGCAGCUGCUGCUACUGCUGCCAGCCGUAAUCCUACUAGUAGUUGCCGCCGCGGCUGAUGCUCAAGGGCAGCUUCCGGGUUGCGGCCACAAGUGCGGCAACAUCGACAUCCCCUUCCCGUUCGGCAUCGGCAUCGGCCCUGGCUGCUUCGUCGACGGGUUCGAGGUCCUGUGCAACGACUCCUACCACACCCCUCGCGCCUUCCUUCGGGGCACGAACGGCUCUUACUUCCCAUCGCCGUACGAACUGCUGAGCAUAGCAGUCGAGAAGGGCGAGGCACGAGUGCUAGCCCCGAUCGCGUCUCGGUGCAACACAGAUAUCAACGUGUCCUUCUCCGCGGGCAUGUAUAUGGAUCUAGUUGUCACGCCGUUCGCCGUGUCGGUGAGUAAUGUGCUCAUCGGCGUCGGUGCUACUGCCGUGACUACGAUGCAGUACACUGUGCCUGCUGAGCGCAUCUUCUCUUGCCUUGCAUAUGAUUUCGGGUCAGUCCGUGAAGAAGGGGGCAACGGGAACUGCACGGCAGGCUGCUGCGAGUUCAGCCCUUCCACCCUCACCAAGGAUGUGCUAUUGUCUGUCAGAUAUAUUGCUGAAGAUCAGACCAACAUGAUGUGGUCAACCUUCCCGUGCGCUUAUGGCAUGCUGGUGGAGAAGUCAUGGUACGAGUACUAUAGGCGUGACAUGUUCAGGUACACGCUGCUCAACAGAACCACCCAGGGCGUCCCCCUCACGCUCAAUUUUGCCGCUGGGAAGGGUUCGUGUCUGGCGAAAGGACAAGUGCCUCCUCCGGAAUACGCCUGCAUCAGCGGCAACAGCUCUUGUGCCAACGCAACAUAUUCAGAUACUCCUGGCUAUAUGUGCAAGUGCCUGGACGGUUACGCGGGCAACCCUUACGUCGCUAACGGAUGCCAAGACAUCGUUGAAUGCGAGCAACCCGAAGUGUAUCCAUGCUAA